UGAACUACCAUCAUCAGAUUAUUCCAAUGCACCAGCCAUUUCCCACAUAGUUCCAAGUGCAGGUCACCAAGAACAUACAUCAUCACUUUCCUCAGUGCCAGAUACUACUGACAGACAGCUCAUGGAUGCAGUAACGCCUAAUGCGGUUUCUGAGGGCUUUUCAGAGCCAACCAUCAUAGGACAAAUAGAUGGAUUAAAACGAAUUGAGCACAGUUUUUCUGAACCAGUGAUAAUCAUCAUUAUUCUGGGAGUGUUAGCUGGCAUCGUCGGAACUAUCCUUCUCAUUUCUUUCUGUAUCAGCAAACUGACAAGGAAAAGUUCACUUGACAUACAACCGACCACACUGGACAACACAGCUGUGCCUUUAAGUUCUAUUGAAGUGGGGUAUACAGAGCAAUAGUCAAGGAUAAUAUACUUCAUACACCAAAUUUUGGCAGAAUAUGAAAAAGACAGAAGACUUCAGUCAACUGAAAACACAACACAUGAAUUGAUCACUUCAAUAAAUUAUGUGCCUAUACCAAUUGUACCAUUUCAGGAAGCAAACUUCAUCAUAGUGAGUUUCAGUGACUCAAACAAUGAAAAAAAAAAGAAU